UGUUUGAACAUGUUCUAAAGAUUCUUGACAUUAUCUAUAUUUAUGUAAAUGCUCUAAUAUUUUCAGCAAGGAGGAUCACAUCCAAUAUGAGAAGAAUGAUAAUGCGGUUGUUUCAGAACUUCAUACAAAUGCUACAGAAGAAAAUAUUUCAAAACGUAAGUAUUUAAAAUUAUAUAAAGUGUCAAAUAAUUACAUUAGUUAAAUUGAUGUUUUAAGCAUGUUCUAAUUGUUAAAUUAAUGUUCGAAGCAUUUGUAGAGAUUAUAGGACAUGUUUUAAUGUUUCCUUGGAUGAUCAAAUGUUGUAAAUAUAAUGUUAAAUUUUGUUGAGAAUAUUCUAAAUAUUUUAAAGCAUGUUCUAAUGUUAUAAAGACAUUUUUACUAUUUGUAUGCAUGAUUUAAGUCUUAAAAAACUUUUGCCCAUGAACUAAUGUUAUUUGCCAUGUUGUAAUUGUUUUGACAAUAAAUAAUAAUGUUCUAAAUAAUAUAGUGUAUGUUCUAAAAGUUAUUUAAAGCAUGUUUUAAUGUUUCAAUGUUUUAAUGUUUUAAUGCAUGUUCUAAUGUCAUGCAUAAAAUUUUCAAAUAUUAUGAUGCAUGUUUAAAAUAUAAUAUGUUAUCAAAAUGAAAACAGAGAGAAAACAGAAAAGGAUGUUGCCAAAACAACAAAAACGGUCACAUUUGGAAGUCCAACUGUGAACGAAGAAAUUUUGAAAAAUAUUGUUUUGGAAUGUGACAUUAUAAGGUAAUUUUCCAGAAUUUAAAUUAUAAUAAACAUUUGCCAAUGUUUAGAACAUGUCUUUUACACUUUGAUUUAGUAUGCUUAUUGCCUGGUCAUUUUUUUUGACUAAAUACAAAUUUAUUUAUUGGAAUGAGGAUAUAGAAGAAGAUAAUUGAAAUCCAGAAAGAACAGAUGAUGAACAAGAGCCCGUAUUGCAAACAACUUCAACUGAAUCAACAAUUUCGAUUCAAAAAAAUGAAUCGGAAAAGUUGGACAUAUCAACUAAGAAUAAAGAAUCUGAAAGAUGGAAGAAAAAACAAAAGAGCCUUAAAAGGUCGAUGUGCCCCAGAACAAUCAAACAGAAAAAAAAAAUGCCGAAGCAGAGCCAAAAAAAAAACAGAGGAAAAGAAGGAAGAGAUGAAAGUUGAUUCAUUGAGGUUUCCAACUGUUACAACUCAUUCAAAUGAGUUAGGAGCAUCAUCUUCGGGAACAAAACCAAUUAUUGAAGAAAACGAAGAUCGUGAGUUAGAAAUCGCAAUACAAUUGGCCGUUGCCAACUCAUUGGAAAACAUUGAUUCAAAGGAUGGAUCCAAGAAAGAAAACAAGGAUGAAAAGUCAGAUACAAAAGAACGGGAAGAAGUCCUUGUGGAAACUGAUAAUGAAGAAACAGAUGAUGAACAUAAGGAACAUAAUGAAAACAUUGAGAGAGAAAUACCGAGAUCAGCUCCAGUGUGGGAGAAUGUAAAGAAAUGAACCGGUUGCCCAAUGGAGAAAAAGGAUUAUGGGGAAGAGGAAGAUGAUGCAGAAGGUGAUGAAAAUGAAGAAACUAAUGAUGAUGAAGAUGAAAACACAGAAAGGGAUGAGGAUGAGAAUGCUGAGAAUAAAUCUGAAAACCUCAAAUCACCUUCUAGGCAGAAAGUUAAUGAACAAGAUGAAAACAUUAACAGAGAUGAAAUUGUUGCAACUGCUCCAAGAAAAAUGAAAAGAAAAAGCGUGGCAGCAAAGACAAAGUUGCAACCAGUUCGACGAGUGGAAAAAAUAAUUGAAUAUGAAGCAGAAGAUCCAAUGGAAAAAGACAAUGAAGAAACAGAUGAUGAUAUACUGCUUAGUCAAUUCAAAGUUGCAAGGACACAACCACCAAAGAAAAGAACAAAAAAGGAGAAGAAUGCAACAACGAAAAAGGAAGACGAAAAGGAUGACAAAGGACUUGCAAAAAAGGAAAAAGGAGUGGUACAGAAGAAGGCAGCCAAGGCCUUGGGAACAAGAACACCAACCUGAAGAAGCUUAAGAGUGCAAGAAUCUGAGAAGGCUGUUGAAGAAGAGGAGGAAAAGUGAGAGAUUGUAAAGGAAGCUAGAAAGAGAAUUGGGAGAAAAUCCCGUAAAACAAUGAAGAAAUAAGACUCUGAGAUCGAUGAAGAAGACCAGGAAGAUGAUGAAGAUUUUGAAGUGGAAAAAGAAGAAGAACAAGAAGAGGAAGAGGAAGAAAAGCCGUUGAACAAGAGAAAAAGACAACAAUUACAGAUUGUGACAAAAGCAGACAGAGACAAGGGAAAAUUAAGGAAAAUCGAAGAGCAUGAUGAUGAUGAUCUGGAGUUAUUGGAGAUUGAUGAGGAUGCAAUGCCAAUUGUUCCAAAGAAAAAGAAAAAAGGUGGUCUUUGUAUCAGAAAAUUCCACCAACCCAAUUGAUUGAACUUAUUAAGAAAAUGUCUGGCGAGCACAAGGAAGCUAUCUGGAAAAUUGCAUUGUGACGAGUUAAUACCAAUCUCUCUUGAUCUAAAUCAAAGAUCAUUGGAAUGAUAUCAAGAACAUCCAAUACAUUUGGACAUAUAGGAUGAGCACUUGAUAAAGAGGAAAUGAAGAUGAACUAAAGUUUUGAUGCUACAUGCAUAGCCUAAACAAAAGUUGGUUCUUGUUGUUAGGCAAACCAAAAACAUACACGGGCAAUUAGGCAUCGUGAUUAAAAGGUGGUAACAUAGGAUUCAAAACCCUAUGUGAUACAUGGGAAACUGAAUAAAUGAUUAGUUUCCAAGUUCUCAGUCAAAAGAUGAAUCUCCGACAUCUCUGUGAACUGGUUGGAGUAUUCCAAAAGGGUAGCAUCAUUUGCAAUUCUACAUAAUUGAAAUGAACUCAUUAUUGCCUAAGAAGCAAUGAAAAAGAAUUGUUUCUAGUGGGAGUUCUUCAAUGAUCUCAGGUUGAUCACAAGUCUGCUAUCUGGAUGAUUUUCUAUUUUAAAUAUGAGAAUCAUUCUAACAGCAAUGAAAUACUAGAUCAUUCUAUAAACAUAUUCAAAGAUCUUUUCAUCUUACAAAGAAAGGCUUUCGAUAGAAAGGAUGCUAAGAAUAGCAAAGUAUGACAAACUAAACCUCUACAUUGAAUGAGAUACAACACUCAUAUGCAGAAAUGGAAUCAAGUUUAACUUCCAUGAAUGUUUUAAAUAUUGGGUGAAAGGCCUAUAUUUGUAAAACAUUAAGUGCUUGAUUUUGGGUUAGAGGCCCACAAAUAAGGCCCACAAAUUCGUAAGCACUUGGUUUAAAAAUUUAUCAUUUAUGAAAUUAUAUUUCAUAUUUCAUUUAAUCUUGGUUUAGUAUGAAUGAUGAAGUCCAAGUGAUUCAAAACAUUCAAAUGGGAUGUCAAUAUGGAUUCUUUGACAAAGAAACACCCAUAAGUGAACUUGAAUAUUGAAUCACAAAAGGAUCCCUAAUCCAAGUCAUUGAAAGGUUGGGAGACCAAUGACUAAUGAAGAUUAGAUUGCAAGUUGAUUUAUAGUUCAGUUUCUUGAACUAUAUGGACUGGAUGUCAGAGAUCAUUUGCAUAGAUACUUAUUGGAUCUUGUAUCGAAUUGACCAUGAGAACACUUUAAGAUAUUAAAGUCAUGUCAUAAGUAGUUCUCAUUAAUGGUGAUUGAAACCUAUUCCUCAAAACCUGAGUAGUUAUGGUUGCUUGUUUGAGAAUUAGUUCUAUUUGAUGAUCGCUGAACGUCGCACCGUAAAAGGAGACUAUAAAAGCAGUUAUUGGGCGUACUAUGAAUCAAAGUAAGUUGUUAAUAAGUUAUAAGAAUUGAUUGUCCUCCUAUCUUUGAUAGGAUAUGGUGUUGUUGUUGUACAAGGCCUCGAAAAGAGUUAGAUACUCUGAAAAUGGAUGGCCGUGCUCAAAAUGGUUAAGGCUUAACCUUUUGUAAAAGUUUAACAGUUGAACUCAGUAAUUCGAGAAACACUUCUGGACCUAAUAAGGAUGUCUUGAAUCUUACCUUAUGUUCAAUAAGUAACACUA